AUGGCUUCCAAAGCGGUAGCGACGGCAGCGAAGGCUGCAAGCAACGUUACCAGCAUAACAAAGAAAUACACCGUCCAGUCAGAAGGCAUCUGGGAGCGCAUACGCCGCUCGCUCGCGAUCGACCCCAACCGGUCCAACGGCGUGCCGCUCAACCCGUACAACCGCAACCCGGCCCCGGGCUCGUUGGAACCGCUCAAGUACGACGACCCCGUAACCGUCCCCGCGGGCGACAUCGCCGACAACCCGUACUGGAAGCGCGACGCCCGCCGCAACUACCCGCGCCACAGCGUGAUCGGCCAGGCGCAGCAGGUCGCCCUGCUGACCGUCGGCAGCGCGGCCCAGCCGAGGGUGGAGCUGAUUGGCGAGGAGGGCAGCAAGGCGCUCGUGGCGGCCGAGGAGUCCGGCAAGGAAGGGGGCGUCGCGCUGUAUCUGGAGAACAGCGGCGUCGAGGCGGCCAAGAGGGUGCUUGACUUGACCGGCGGGUUGCCGCCCCUGCCGAGCGGGCAGAGCCUGGCCACCGGGAAGUGGGAUGUGCAUAAGUACGACCUGGACACGGAGCAGUCUUAUCCUGAGGAGUGA